CAGCUCUCUCGCUCGGUCUCUCUCCCUCUCACUCACUUACAGCCAGACGCGUUCAGACGAGCUUUGCUGUUCUUCUCAUAUUCUUCUCGUCUGUUCUGCAGAGCGCGUUCUUCAUCACAUUACUGGCGCCUGCGUUGUUGUUCUCGUGCAACAUUGUAACAUUCGCGAGAACCGCGUCUGGAGUUCCACGAUCAUUUAACGCUGAAAUUAAAAACAGGUGUUGAGAACAUCAAGGUCUUUGCUGUCUAUGGACCACCUGUAUAUCCAAGUCGGUAUAUCCAGGGAUCGACCUUGUUUGAGGACCACAGUUGUGCCUUUGAACUGAAACAUGAAUUCAGUGCAUUAUUCCCAAGGUAUUCUAUAUAUGGUAAACAUAUAAUCUCAAACACAUUCUAGAUCCCUGACCUCAUUAUAGGUCACCAUUGGACUCUUUAAGGACCAUUGGAGUCUUUGUGUCCUUCACUGUUGGACAUUCACGAACAGAAUAGAAUGGCAAAGUGGUUAAAGGACUAUUUAAGUUUCGGGAGCAAACGAGUUCCCCCGCAACCGCCAAAACCAGACUACAGCGAGAGUGAGAUAUUGAAGGCGUAUCGUGCACAGAAGAACCUUGACUUUGAAGACCCUUAUGAAGACUUUGAGAACAGAGCUAGAAAUGACAACGGGUCAACUGAAACGUCCCACAUGGGCUUCGGCUCUCCUCUGAAAUCCUCGAGUCUGGAUAUCAAGGUUGUGUCACCAAAACAUCGCCUCAUAAAAGUGGACUCGCAAGACCUGGGACGGAGCAAGAUUCUCCUAAGCUCCGUGUCUUUAGAGGAACCAACAGAUCCGGUGGUUCCUUCAGCUCCAGUCAUGGGAGAUACGGACUACUCCGACCCAUUCGAUGCUCGUUUGGACCCGCGUCCCGAAACAGCUCAAGGCCCGAUCACUCCUGAGAACAACGGCUACAUGGAGCCCUACGAGGCCCAGAAAGUGAUAACCGAGCUGCAGAGGAGAGCUGGUGGUGGAGCAGGAGGAUGGGGGAGAGGGGAGGUCCAGCUCUAUGACACCCCAUAUGAGGAGCGCGUCCCAGGGCAGCCGGAUCUGCCUGAGGAAGGGAGGGAGAGCAGGCUGCCACAGGACGACGAGAGGCCCGCUGACGAAUACGACCAACCGUGGGAGUGGAAGAAGGAACACAUCUCCAAGGCUUUUGCAGCUCUGACAGGUUUGUCCUCCUGCAGUGCUGACACACUCGGGCUGAUAAACCACCGCAGGGGUGCAGGGGCAUCUCCAUCCACCUCCUCCCCCAUCUACCCCUCCAGCAGUGUGCAGUUUGAGGGUGCUGAGUGGGACCAUUCCUGUUCUCCUACAGAGCGCCUGAGGUGUCCCAGGCCUCCACCAACCACAGGCAGCAUGAAGCUACGCAAGCCCAGCGAUCCUCAUUCAAUGAUCGGCGAGAGAGUGGAUCCCACCCUGCCCCUGGAGAAACAAGUAUGGUAUCACGGCGCUCUCUCGCGCUCAGAGGCCGAGUCUCUGCUGACCCUCUGUAAGGAGUGCAGUUAUUUGGUACGAAACAGCGAGACCAGUCGCUUGGACUACUCUCUCUCUCUGAGGAGCUGCCAGGGAUUCAUGCACAUGAAGUUCAGCCAGUCCAAAGACGGCCGCUAUAUCCUGGGCCAGAACAGCCCUCCAUUCGACACCAUCCCUGAAGUGAUCCACUAUUACACCACACACAAACUCCCCAUCAAAGGAGCCGAACACUUGUCCUUGCUCUUCCCUGUGCUGGUUCAGACUCUCUGAUUGGUCAGAGCACUGCAGUCCUCAGUGCUAUGGGUGGAAACGUUUUCAACUAAAUCAGCAACAACUUACACAAACUUUUUGGUCCCUCGUGUUUUUAAUUGUACAACAGCAUCUGGACAUGAACUUCUAGAAUGGACAUGUCAGAUCAAAUUACAGUUAGAUCUGUUCACAUGCUAUUUCACGUUCUUGUUAAUAACACAUUUCCAUCUCGCCAAAUGACCCUCCUGUGAACCGUACCAGACUGGUGGCAGCGAGACCUGUUGCUCGUCUUCGGUCGGUGUUAUUCUCCGCUGGGACGGUGGUUUAGCCACCGCUAAUGUUUAUUGAUCGAUUAGCAGCCUCUUAGGAUGAGUGGACUGGCCUCUGUAUUUUUAUAGCUGCUGUAAAAGACACUUCAACACAGCUGUUUAUGACUCUCUGCUCUUUAAAGUUUGUAAAGCCUUUUGGUUGUAGUAAAGGCCCUUGAGACCACACAUAAAUGUUUGGUCUACUCAAGACAGUAGUCCUCAGAAAGCACUUUGAAUUCUUACAUUGUCUUUGUUAGAGUUUGUCACUGUGGCUGGUCGUAGAUCAGUGCAUGUUGGCAACUUAUGUUGAGGACAGUAGCUGAUUCUAACUGAUAAAAAAAUCAAUGAUGUGAUGUUUGAAUCAUGAUCAUUUGCAGAGAUGUUCCUGUAAUUGGUAUAUUAGGUCACCGAUACAGAAAAAUGCUGAAAAUGUGUUUCUGUAG